CAUUAAAAUGGAGUCGAGUUUUUCAUGAGCGGCGCAGCCCUUAUUUCCGACUGCCUUCGGCCACGAUUCCUGCCUUUGUCUUUCCAUUUAAAACCCUCGGAAUCGGUCGACGAGGGCGGGGAGAAGAAAGGCGAACUGAUUUGCAGCUGCAGAAAAGGGUCUUUUUGGGGGGCCAUUGAGCAGUUGGGAAUCUCCAUUCUCCAAGGGCAUUGCAGUGUGGCCGGUAAUCAGAUGAGGUGUUUGAAGAAAUGGAUUGCUUCUCCUCCCAUUAAGUUUACGGAAGCAAUUCCUUCUCUUUUGGCAUUUCGGAAUCAGGGUUCUCAGAAAUUGGUGAAAUAUGCCGUGAACAGCAGUUACCCUCCGCCAGGGAACGUCCUUCGUGAACUCUUGCAGCCAUUUGGCAUGGGAAUCACAACUAUGUGGGGGCGUUCAUCUGAUCCAAAAUGCGAAAAAGGAAGCUUGCAGAUGGGCGUGAAUAGUCGGCUAAUCGCUCAUCGUUGUUUUUCAUGCCCAGCAGGGAAGAAACAAUAUUUUAGCAGGGCUGCACGGCUUUGGAUUGAAGAAAAGCAACAGGAGAAAGCAAGGAGUAGGAGAAGCAAGAGACAACCUGCACCAAGUGGCAAAGUCAAACUUGCACCACUUCUUUCCAGAGAUAGUUUGAUUAUUGUGAGAGACAUAGAAUGGGCAAACGUCAUGUUCUCUUUUGAACAGGAGAGUCGCUAUCAAAUAAUAGACCCUUGUUAUCCUCAGUCACCUGUUGGUUUCAUUCAAGAGAAAAGUAAUGUCAUCUUCAGGCAGCUACUUCGUGGAAGACGCCCAUUCAUCGCUUACAUGUUUGAUGCUAUGGGUAAUGAAGUAUUAAGGGUUCACAGGCCCUUUUGGUGGAUAAACAGCACAAUAUAUGCGGAAGUAGAUGGUAAGGAAGUUGGUGUAGUCCACAGACGCUGGCAUCUUUGGCGGAGAAUUUAUGAUUUGUACUUAGGAAACAAGCAAUUUGCUGUGGUUGAAAAUCCUGGUUUCUGGAAUUGGACAUUCACAUUAAGGGAUGAAGAAGGCAAUGUGCUGGCACAAAUUGAUCGUAACUGGAGAGGUGUUGGUUUAGAGCUCUUCACUGAUGCUGGUCAAUAUGUGGUUCGAUUUGGGGAUGCUGAUUCACUUCCUAACAAUAGACCUGGUUCAAGCGAGUUUGAAGUUUCCCGCCCAUUGACUCUUUCCGAAAGAGCUGUGGCUAUUGCUCUUGCUGUUUCUCUGGAUAGUGAUUACUUCUCACGGUCACGGGGAGGCUGGGCAUUCCCAUUUCUCGUUGCAGAGUAGAAAAUGGAACCAUUUAAUGGAAAAUGUUGCUGCAUGUUCGAAGAGGAGCUUACUUCUGCAAAACAGCCAUCAUGAUCUUAAACAAUCCAUAUCAUUCGUCUCAACAACUACGCAAGGUGGGUGUGAUUCUUGUGCCCAAAUUGAUUUGCUGCGUUGUUGAAUGAGUUCAUUAUAACUGGCGUAAUUAUAAAUUCAGAGAUAGGAAAGAAGCAAAUGAAUACUGACUCUUGAAUUCUUCCUCUUCCCAACUACUUCCGUCUAGUGUUUCA